GAACACCUCGCGGCCGCCACUCAGUGGAAGGAGGUUAGCGUUCGGUCCGUGUCGUACUCUGUAAGGCGCUUUGCGCACGCGCAUCCGGCCCUUGCGCAAGUAUCGCGAUUUAGUUUAUUUGACAAGAAAUAUGAUCGUUUCACUAUUUUAAUUUUUCGUCAAAAAGGCGUUAACGUGGACUUGCUUCACUCAUUUUUUAUAUUUGUUUUGUGUUUUCCUUUUUGAAUCAAUAUGGUUAGUGGAAAUAAAAGUCCCGACAAUCCUAUGAAAAUACCGCCGAAAAACCGUGAAAAGAAAACAAAUAAUUAUAAAAGAGCAAACAUAUUUUCGAAAACAUGGUUCGUAUGGAUGAUGCCUACAUUUUGGCGCGGCUACAAGCGGGACCUCUACGACUCUGAUCUUACGAAACCCAAAGACAGCCAUCUCUCCGACAAGCUCGGGGAUCGGCUGGAGACAAAAUGGCUAGAAGAAAUAGCAUUAGCCAACAAAAAAGGAAGAAAGCCGUCUCUUCUCCGCGCGAUGACCAAGGCGUUCUGGAUGAGCUACGCACCUUCCAGCUUCACUUUUCUCAUUCAAGCACUCAUCCUUAAGCCGUUCCAGCCCGUGGCGUUGAGCAUGAUGCUGUCAUAUUGGGAACCGGGAUCUGACAUGACAUACGAGCAAGCCAUUUAUUGUGCAUCCGCUGUCAUACUCAUGUCUCUGUUGAUAGCAUUCCUGAAUCACCACGGAACUUAUUCAACUCAACAAUUUGGAAUGAAAGUCCGAAUCGCUGCUUGUUCUCUAAUUUAUAGAAAGGUAAUGCGUAUGAGCUCUGGUGCAUUGGCUCAGACGACUGCAGGACAAGUGGUGAAUCUUUUAUCCAACGAUGUGAACCGGUUUGAUUACGCUUUCAUCUAUACACAUUUCAUCUGGAUACUGCCACUGCAAGUGGUCGUGGUUUGCUAUCUGAUCUACGUUAAAAUUGGAUAUGCUGCUAUUGUUGGAGUCAUUGGGAUUGUGUUACAAACAAUUCCAGUUCAGUCAUACAUGAGCAAAUUAUCAGCAAGAUUGCGAAUGAAAACCGCUUGCAAAACUGACGAACGUGUACGAAUCAUGGAUGAAAUUAUUAAUGGAAUGCAGGUUAUCAAAAUGUACGCCUGGGAGAAACCAUUCGAAAAGGUUGUCGCGUUGGCCCGUAAGAACGAAAUCAACUGCAUCACAUCAGCGUCAUAUCUACGAGGAGUCUACCUCAGCUUCAUGGUCUUCACAGAGAGGCUGACUCUUUACAUCACCCUUCUAUCUUACUCCCUAUUCGGAUAUCAAGUUACAGCUGAUAUUGUUUUCCCAUUGGCGCAAUUCUUCAAUACACUUCAGGGCACGUUAUCAAUAAUUAUGUCAAAUGCUGUGUCAUUUUUGGCAGAAGCACUGAUUUCAGUUCAACGCCUCGAAGCGUUCAUGCUAUUAGAUGAAAGAGAAGACCUUCGUAGUGUUGCGGAUGUAGACAUUGCAAAAUUAGUACAAAGUGUUGAAAAUAAAAAAAUAAAGAAUCUUGGCGAAUUAGACCUUUGCCAGAAUACUUUUAAGAAAAUAGAAGAAGAAGGAAUCUACAAUCCAGGUUUUGACUGCAAUGAAAAGGGACUUAUAGCAAAACCAUUAAACGCAGCACCAGUUAGCCCAGACGUUGGUUUACUGAUUCAGGAUGUUAGUGCUAAUUGGAUAGAAGAUGGCCCUGUAACAUUACGCAACAUUAAUUUGACUGUUCCUAAAGGAAAGCUUUGCGCAAUAAUUGGGUCUGUCGGUGCUGGAAAGAGUUCAAUAUUGCACCUAUUAUUAAACGAACUACGCUCGACUACUGGAAAGAUACAUCUAUCUGGGCCAUUAUCCUACGCUUGCCAAGAACCCUGGCUAUUCGUGUCCACUGUGCGACAAAAUAUAUUAUUCGGUUUGCCGUAUAAUCCUAAAAAAUAUAAAGAGGUUAUAAGAGUAUGUGCACUUCAGAAGGACUUCCAGCAGUUUCCACACGGUGAUCAAACGCUUGUCGGUGAAAGAGGUGCUUCAUUAUCUGGAGGCCAAAGAGCACGUAUUAAUCUCGCCAGAGCCGUGUACAGACAGGCGGAUAUUUACCUACUCGAUGAUCCGCUAUCAGCUGUGGAUGCACACGUCGGACGACAACUGUUCGACGAAUGUAUAACAGGAUAUCUGCGCCACACCACCCGUGUCCUCGUAACUCACCAGCUCCACUACCUCAAAGCCGCAGAUUACAUCGUUAUUAUGAACAAUGGCGCUGUGGACGCCAAAGGCACAUACGAUGAAUUACUAACCUCCGGCAAAGACUUCGCUAAAUUAUUACAUUCAGUUCAGGAAGAUAAUGAAACGAACACGGAAAAAGAAAAGCCUCCUCCAAUGUCACGACGAACAUCCGCUAGGCUAUCAACGACAAGACGGCCAUCUCUGUCAGAAUCUACUACAGGCUGUGAAGGUCCUGCUCAAGAGAUGGAAGAAGAAGAGAGAGAAUCAGGGUCCAUGGGAUGGCGAGUAUACGGAGCCUACUUAAGAGCUGGAGGACAAAAGGCUAGAUUGGUCUUUAUGGUACUACUGCUUGUAAUUGGACAGCUAUCUGCAACUCUCUGUGACUACUGGGUUACUUAUUGGACAAACGAAGUUACUCGUCUGAAAGAAAGAGAAACAAACAGUACUGUUAAAGAUUACGAUAGAGUCUCCCCACCUAUGAACUCAACGUUCUCGCUCACAAGUUACUUCUCUGGCAUCGAAAUCCUACCAAAUUUGAAUAUACACGCUCUCAUUGGACCAUUGGAUACAUCUCAAUACCUAUAUGUGUAUACGGCGUUAAUCAUAUGCUGCAUCUUCUUCAUCACUGCUCGUGCCCUAAUGUUCUUCAAAGUUUGCAUGACUGCAUCAAGAAACCUACACAAUGACAUGUUCCACUCUAUGCUUCGGGGCGUAAUGCGGUUUUUCGAUACCAACUCUUCUGGACGUAUAUUGAAUCGUUUUUCGAAGGAUAUUGGUGCGUUAGACGAAUUACUGCCACGAUUUCUCCUCGAGUGCAUUCAAAUUUACCUUGUAAUGUUCAGUAUAUUGGCACUAAACGCUGCUGCCUUGGUCUGGACAUUGUUACCCACAACUAUAAUUCUACUGUUAUUUUACGUCAUACUUCAAAUUUAUUUAAAGUCUGCUCAAUCCAUAAAACGUUUAGAAGGAACUACAAGGAGUCCUGUAUUUUCUCACAUGUCCGCAACAUUGAAUGGUAUAAGCACAAUCCGGUCUGCUGGAGCACAGCAGCGGCUAAUUCAAGAGUUCGAUAGAUACCAGGACAUUCAUACCUCUACAUGGAGCAGUUAUUUGGCUAGCGGAGUUACGCUUGGUUUUUGGCUCGAUUUCAUAUGCGUGAUCUAUUUAACAAUCGUGAUAGUUGCUUUUCUCGUUAUUGAUAGCAAAACUAUAUUCUCUGGCAACGUGGGACUGGCGAUAUCACAGACUCUCAUCUUAACGGGUAUGCUCCAGUUUGGAGUGCGGCAAACGGCGGAAGUGAUCUCGCAAAUGACUAGCGUGGAGCGAAUUCUGCAAUAUACACAUAUUGAACGGGAACCCCAAUGGGAUAAAGGAACUAAAGAAACCCCUAAAGGCUGGCCUUGGUGCGGCCGCGUCGAGUUUCGUAAUUGUUACAUGAAGUACACACCUGAGGAUUUACCUAUAUUAAAAAAUUUGAACUUAAUCAUCGAAAGUGGUUGGAAGGUUGGCAUAGUCGGUAGAACGGGCGCCGGUAAAUCUUCACUGAUUUCUUCCUUAUUCCGUCUCGCUAUUGUAGAGGGUGAAGUUCUCAUUGAUGAGGUCGAAACCGGACAUCUUUCCCUUCAGGAAUUGCGGUCUAAGAUAUCAAUCAUUCCACAAGAACCAGUUCUGUUUUCUGCAACUAUUCGAUACAAUUUAGAUCCAUUUAACUGUUAUGAUGACGAACAACUAUGGCAAGCUCUAGAAGCAGUUGAUUUAAAAGCAGCAAUCCCAGCUUUAGAUUUUAAAGUAUCUGAAGGUGGUUCUAAUUUUUCACUUGGUCAAAGACAACUGGUAUGUCUGGCCCGAGCUAUUCUUCGUGGAAAUCGCAUACUUGUGCUGGACGAAGCUACUGCAAAUGUAGAUCCAAAAACUGAUGAAUUUAUCCAGAGAACCAUACGAAGACGUUUUUCAGACUGCACAGUUUUAACAGUGGCUCAUCGACUAAACACCAUUAUGGACUCGGAUCGUGUUAUGGUGAUGGAUUCUGGACGCCUAGUUGAGUUCGAUCAUCCAUAUAAAUUGCUUAGCAAUCCUGAAGGUUACUUUACAAAAAUGGUAAAAGAAACCAGUGACAAGAUGUCGACACAGCUAUACGAAAUUGCAAAGAAAACAUUUCUUGACAGCGGCGGCGUGAUAGAAUAAAAUAAAAUGUUAAGUUUACUGUAAUUAGUAUUAUAAGAUCAUUGUUUUGGAAUGAUGCAGUUAGGUACUUAGAAUUAUGAUUGUUAUAUUGUCGAGGGUAUGAACAGCAGCCAACGCAUUUAUUUCAAAAGGUUAAAUAAAAUUGUUGCCAUAAUUAAAAAUAAAUACCUAAUUUAAAUGUUAUUAAAUUAUUUUCUACAUUUAAUAUUAGAAUUUAUUUUACAAUAAUGUUCAUGUAACGUGUAAACAUUAAUUAUAAUAAAAAAGGUCUAAUGUCGAUAAAGACAUUAUUUCCGAAUUAUUAAAAUCGAUCUAUAACUAUGAUGAUGUAUUACGAUUUAUAUAUACUUAAAUUUUAUAAUACAAAAUAUAUUAUUUUAUAGAUUGCAUGUAGAUCAUAGAAGCUAAACAAAUCGUUUUACUUUUCAACGUAUAUCUUAUGGAAUUUUAUUGCAUACGUUAUUUAAUCGAUAUACUUCCCAAUUUAAUAUUCACAAUCUAAAUACAUUUUUGUAUAUAACGGCAUGAUAUUCCAAUUCAGACUGAGUAAUGAAUGAAAAUGAAUGAAAAAUGCUUUGAUUGAAAAAUCAAAGGAAAAUGUAGCUAUUAAGCAAUGCGAAAAUGUUAUUUAUUUUUAUUAAAAUUACUUUUAAUUUUUAAAUUUAUUUGAUGAUAUCAAAUAGAAAUUACUAAAGAAUGUAAAUUGUGAUGUGGAAGUUUUGCCUCAAACAAAUAAAAAUAAGCUUUAAA